AUGGCCUCUCUGUAUGUGGGUGACCUACAUGCAGAUGUCACUGAGGACCAGUUGUUUAAGAAGUUCAGCACGGUGGGACCAGUGCUGUCCAUCCGCAUUUGCAGGGAUGCGGUCACUCGCCGCUCCCUAGGUUAUGCCUAUGUGAACUUUCUUCAUUUGGCUGAUGCUCAAAAAGCGCUGGACACCAUGAAUUUUGACUUACUAAAGGGAAGAUCUAUCCGUCUCAUGUGGUCUCAACGUGAUGCGUACUUAAGGAAAUCUGGGGUAAUGAGUGAUGAUCAAGGCUCCAAGGGUUAUGCCUUUGUGCACUUUCAGAACCAGAAUGCUGCAGACAGGGCUAUUGAAGAGAUGAAUGGGACUGUGUUCAAGAACUGCAAAGUUUUUGUUAGCAGAUUCAAAAGCCGCAAAGAUCGAGAAGCUGAGCUCAGAAACAAAGUCAAUGAAUUCACCAAUGUUUACAUCAAAAACUUUGGAAAUGACAUGGAUGAUAGGAGACUGAAGGAAAUUUUCAGUAAAUAUGGUAAAACUCUAAGUGUUAAGGUGAUGACAGAUUCCAGUGGGAAAUCCAAAGGCUUUGGCUUUGUAAGCUUUGAUAGCCACGAGGCUGCCAAACAGGCUGUGGAAGAAAUGAAUGGAAAGGACAUAAAUGGGCAGCUGAUAUUUGUAGGACGGGCACAAAAGAAAAUAGAGCGACAGGCUGAGUUAAAACAAGUAUUUGAACAGCUGAGACAAGAAAGAAUUCGCUGGUGCCAUGGAGUGAAGCUCUAUAUUAAGAACCUUGAUGAUAAUGUUGAUGAUGAAAAACUUCGGAAUGAAUUUUCUUCAUUUGGAUCAAUUAGCAGAGUUAAAGUAAUGCAGGAAGAAGGCCGAAGUAAAGGAUUUGGCUUGAUCUGCUUCUCCUCUCAUGAGGAGGCUACCAAAGCAAUGACUGAGAUGAAUGGGCGCAUCUUGGGCUCCAAGCCUCUCUAUAUAGCCCUGGCCCAAACACUGGAAGGGAGAAAAACAUACUUCACCAGCCAAUGUUUGCAAUAG